AUGAAAAUGGUGAUACAAAAAUCUAUCUGCCUCAAUUUAAUUGAUUUACCGCAACAUUUGUAUGAUACCAGAAGACAGAUGGAUAAAAUCAAACACAGACAGAUUAUUUUAUUUCGAGAAUCGGAUGGGUCAUCACCACAGAACGAAGCAACUGCUUCACCGACUAUGUCGCCAACUAUAUCACCUACAACUAUCUCGCCAACUGUCUCGUCAUCUGUCUCGCCAACUGUAUCUAAAAUCACAUCGCCAAAGACGUCGCUAGACACAUUACCUCUUAAACCAAAAAUAUCAAAUCGACGCAGAAGAUUCUUGCUAAAUAAAAAACCUGAAAACAAAACAUAUUUAAAGUCGUUUAGAAAAGCGUAUGAAGAUGAAAAAGAUUUUAAUUUAAAAAGUAAAAUAAGAAUGCUGGUGGGCCUGGCUAUGCAAGAUGUUAGUAAAAAAAUGGAAGAUACAGAAUAUAUAAAAGAGAAAUUUAGAAACCAUAAACCUUACAAGGCUGGGUUCGUUUUAAGUUUGAUAAAGAAAUCAAGAGAUGUUCUCAAUGAGCUAUUUAAUGUGGCCAUCAAACACAGAGCUGAAUGGAAAGCUCUAGAACAACUUAAGAUUUUCGAACUAAUUGUACACACCAAUGUCGAUACCACCAACCUGGUGAAGCAACUUGUUGAUAUACAUUCAGGUAAUACAAAUUUUUCUCUUCCAAAUCAUACUAAUACAAUAACAGAAGAGAUUCAGAAUUGA